GACGAAACGAAACUGAAAGUAGGGCUUUGUUCUAAACGCGACUCACAUAUGUGAUGACGGUUCAGAGAGACACAAACAGCUACAAGCUGUAAAAACUUAGAAAAUGCCAAAGAAUAAAAGGAGUUCGGAGAAAGGCAAGUCCAAAAAAAGAGCUGCUAGCACUUCUUCAUCCAGCAAGCAGAGGCCAUCAAGUGGAUCCAGAGACCAGGGACAGCAAAGUACAGACUCCGGGGCACUUAGAAAAGAUGCCCAGACUCAAACAAGCUUAAAAACAGUGGAAAUCUGGACUCAGACCGAGGCUGUCAAUCAAGGAACACAGCAGACGCAAACUGAGUUCAGUGCCAACAAUGAGACUAGAAAUGUAUCCCAGCCAACAGAGGACAGAGCUCCAGAGGAGAAUAAGAUGGAGGUGGAAACUGUGUUGCCGAGGAGCAGUGGAAAUGAAAGUGAUGGAGAAGAUGAGAAAUGUAUAGGGAGAAAAAAAAGGAAAGUGGGUGAAUCUAUAGAAACAGACGAAAAGAAGACCAAACUGUCAGAUGGUUGCGUAGAACAAGAUGGAGAUAAGAAGAAAGACACAGAUGAGAAAGAAAAACAUUCGCGAGGAGAUUCCCAGAAAGCCACUGACCCCAAACCAGGAGCUGAAGGACCAAAAUCAUAUGCACAAGCGACUGCGGGGAAUCAGGCUAAAGGGUCUAAAGAGCAGAAGAACCAAACAGAAGCAAAUCAGAAGAGCACAAUGAGAAAACUUUCACCAGCGAGGGCUCCAGCCAAUCAGCCAAUGUUCACUUUCCACAUAUAUGCAGUUCUGGAUAAAAAAUUCAGAUUUAACAAACUGUAUAACUCUCUUUGGCUCCUUCAUGGGAGUGGGAGCAUUGAACUACAAAUUAAGUAUAUUAAGGGUGUACAAAAUGGAAGGUGUUUGAUUGAAGCAACAUUUUCAGUUGAGGAAAGCAAAGUGAGAGGUUUUUUAAUAGAGUAUAAGUAUGCAGUGGUGCAGCAUGAACAGCAGAUUGAAGAAAUAGCAACAAGAUAUGUUAAUGUACCUAUUGACAAUAGAGUUAAAGAACUGCAUCUUUAUGAAGGCUAUGUAAUUUGUUCAAGACCAACAAAUGUUCAAGAUAGAAUAAAAAGCUGGUUUCAGUCUGCAACAAAUGACAUUUAUGAAGGCUGGGAAAGUUCUGCUCAUGUGCUACUGAACAGAGUAUUCCAGAAAUGGGACCCAACUAACCAUGAAAACAAAAAGACAUUUAUAGAACACCUAAACCAUUGCAUGAAAGGCUUUCAAUCAAGCACUGAGCAGUGGGUCGUAUUCCCAGAUGAUCUUGCCCCACGUCAAAUAAAUGUGUCAGGGGUGAUUUAUGGAAAGCUGACUGAGAUUUUGAAAAGAGAAUCAGAAAGGAAAAGUUCACAGAGCUCAGCUGGGAUCAAAUCUUUGGAAGUGGCACUCUCAGUGUUUCAGGUUUGCUGUGGUUGUGGAGUGGAUCUUGACAUAAAAGAUUGGGGGAUGCUGUGCCAGAUUGUCUUUAAAAACACUGCUUAUCAUGGAGACAUGCAAACAGCUCUUCCCCUUAUUGAUUCUACUAUUAUAGGACUGAUGAACCGAUGUGCACAGAAGCUGAUCUCAGAACUAGUGCUACUUGUUCCUGCCCUUCAUUUAUUAAGACAGCCAGGGACAAAGUCAGAUACAGGCUCAGCUGUGGAUGAGCAGAGAUGGGCAGGGCUUGAAAGUAUCCAGUAUCGGACGUUUAGAGAGAGAAUUACAGAAUACCCUGACAAGAGGAGAAUGGUCCUUCGGAUGAUUAAAGAACACUUAUCACUGACCAAAGAUAAGCCUUACCUGUUGACCAGCUGGCUUACAAUGAUGGCUUUUGAAGACAUGCCUGAGUUUGCGAAGUUAACCAGAAUUGUUCCAGAGCAUGUGAUUCAGAGCCUGAUGUACCGAAUGGAGUUGAUCGGGCAAUCUGUGCAAUAUACUGACCACACAAAAAAAGAGAAAAACCUUGAGGCAACUAAACAGGUCCUACACUAUUUGCUGAAGAGGGUUGAGGAGGAAAAAGAAAGAAUCAUGGAGUCUGAGUCAUUAGGCUCAAUCCUUGAGUGUUGCAGAAAUAUACACAAAAGCGCUUGCAAGAUUGCUCGACUUGUGCCAGAAUACAGUGUACCAGUGCUCACCUUCCAACUUCUGCUUAAAAUGGUUGAAAUGAAACAUGCUGUACUUUUGAAGGGUGGAAAGGAAAAGGAACAACAGCAAAAUCAACUUUUAUUACAGCUCAAAGAGAUGCAAACAGACCUCAGUAAAUGGAGAGAUGAUCUGCUUCAACAACCUCUGAUGCAAAGCUCCAGGCUGUCUUACCCCAAAGAAAUAGAGUUGUGGGAUGACUUGUAUGGGAUUGAGAGUGUAAUACCAGACUUCUCUGAAGGUUGGAAGAGUUUUUUAGACAAAGAUCUGAAACGGAGAGUGUCACAGAUUUCUGAAAUUGACAAGAUUUUGGUUUGCUGUUUGGAGACAUCUGCAAAAGCAAUUGAUAAAAGUAACACCAACAUUCAGGCUUGUUUUCAACAGCUUUAUCAGUCAGCUGUUAAGAACAAAUGUCAGGCAAAGAAGGAAGGAGAUCUUUUAGGUUAUCUCUUUAACAAACACAGAAAAUGGCCUGUCUUAUCCUGCAUUAUUGUGGAGUCUGCUGCUCGCUUCGGAAAGGAUUGGGAAAUGCGGCUACUGGACCCCCAAUCAGCAAUCAACUUUUUUCUGUCUCAAGACAACUGGAAUCAGUGGAAGUUGGAUGAAGAAGCACAUCAGUUAAUAGCAGAUAGUCAAUCAUACUUGGGUUCUCUGAUUCAGAGCCUUUGCCAGGGAAAUGUAACCCUGGGCCACCUAAAGAAUAUCUUGAAAUAUAAGACACAUUUUGCAAAACUUUACAUCCAAUAUAAGAAGAACAACAAAGAAGAAAACAUCUCUAUCGAUGUGACAGAGCUACUCAGUCAAAGAGAAAGUGACUUGAAAGCCUUUGAAGAACAAAGGGAGCACAUGAACUUCCUAAUUAAUAUGCUUGGGAAGAUUUCAGAUGCUAUAUCUGUACCCGAGCUUUCUUCCCUUGAAGAAGAGGUCAGAACUGACCUACAGAAAACAACCAUGGACAAAUUGGUUGAGGUGCAGACGUAUUUCUGUCAAGAGGAUCUUAAAAAAAACAACACAAGACAGGUGCUAUGCUACAGUAACAAUGUUGAAGUGCAAGAAAUGGCACGGGAGAUGCAUGAAGUCAGGGAAAGUAACCUUCUGCUACGUGUGUGGGAAAAAAAGGCAACAGAACUUGUAAUGCUGGUUCCUCGGCCAUUAUUGCUACAUCUUACAGAAGUCCAUCACCAAAUCUGGAGACCUUGUCACGCUUACAUCUUUAACCUUGGUCUAAAGAUAGCUAAUGGUACAGUUUGUUUUAAAGAAGUGGAUCGGGCCUUGGAUUGGUGCGAAGACCAGGGUGAAGGAAAUCGGCUAAAGAAAGAGCUUGAUUUAAUGGCCACUAUGCUUGUUGAUCAGGAUCUGGAUAUAAACUGGCGAGAACAUCGGUUAAGUCAGAUUCAGGAAUAUAGAUACCUUCACCAUGCGGCUGAAUCUGCAGGGGUCAUACUGAAAAUUAAAGACAAAUUGGGAUUACAAGGAGAUUUCAGUGCAAUACAUAGCCUGACUCGAGUGAGCGACGAAUCAUUCAAACAAAACACUCUGGGUUCGUUGAGUGAUGAUCUUGUCCAAGCCAGGCAGAAGCUGUCGAAUGUCAAACCACAACACAUAGCCUGUCUGAAGGCAUUCUUGACCAGUGAUACUCUUAACGAAUGGGUGAAAACCCAAAUUAAAAGUUUAAGGGACUUGAAGGUCUUUAUGGACCUGUCAAUGAUUUCUGCAGGAGAGAAUGAUGCAGACAUUGAUCGUCUUGCAAAUUUUGAGACUGCUGUGAUGGGCUACAGCCCUUUGCUUUACUCACUACAGCACACUGCAGGAUUUAAUGAGUUUAUUGACUGUGCUAAGCAAGUGUGGAACAACCUUGAGAAAGAUAAGAAACUUGUGGAAAAACUGAGAGACUCCUGUCGAUGGUUGGACUGGCUUAAAGGUUUGAGGGAGACUCAUGGGUCUGUUGAGCAAUCUUCUCUUUCCCUGGCCUCAGCUAUCAACACUGGAGGCGUGUAUCAUGUGGGGUGGCCAGAGGAUUUCACUGGAAAAACAGCAUUAGACAAUGUCUUUAACGUGAAGGUGAUGAGAAAUGGACAAACAAAGACAUACAGUCUUAAUGAACUCCUCGAGCUUCAGAAUAAACUUAUGCUGAUGUCUUCUAAAGGGGAGCAUGGAAAAGAACAAGUCAACAAGUUUACUCAGGUUUUUGAAGGUGUCCAGAGGAUGGGUCGCAUCCUCCUGCAGUUGCGCACCUCAGGUAAUAUGCUCUUCAGGGAUUGGGAAGCUCAGAUAAAAUGCAACCCCAAAGAACAACCCUGCAUCAACGUCAGAUUUUUGCAGCUAGAGAAGUAUGUUGUUUAUCAGGGCGAGAUGCUUGAGGAGCUUCAGAAUCUGUGUCGAUCUCUGGAAAACUUUCAUAAAGACUGGUGUGCCCACUUAUCUAAGAUGCGCUCUCAGUACUAUGCCCUGAAUUAUUACACAUCAGAGCAAAUGGUCUAUCUUUGCGAAUGGGUCAACAAUGUUAAUAACAAAAAGAAACCUGUGCCACAGCAAAUGUGGGAUCUAUUGACCAAUGUUAAACCAGACUGUACCAUAUCUGACAUAUUUGAAGCCUUCGAAUCAGCAACAGAGGAAACUGAAUCUAUGGUUCAAGAUGAUGGGACAGAGGAGCAAGAACAGGACAUUGAAUGUUUGGAGGACCUGUGGAAGCAAUUUAAAGAGAACAUGUCCAGUUUCCUCACUGACCAUGUGGAUGUUGAAACACUAGGGAAGUUUCUCUCUGUUCUCUCUUCCAUGAAUCAAAUACCGAUUAAACGAAAAAUUCCUCCGAUCAUUCUAGAGGGAAGGCCAAACCUUGUUCAGUGUCCUAUUGAGGAUGUAAUUAGUACCACAUUGUCCCUUUACACAGAAAGCCCUGAGCAACCUCUUCCCACAACUGAUGAGAUAUUAAUGUGCCAAGAAGAUACAACCAAAGAGGAAGUUGAGAUCAUCCUUCGUCGGUGUCUAGGUUUUCAGGGCACUGCAAGCAAACAUAACAAGAUUUACACUUUGGUCAAUCCAGGAUCACUGACAUAUGAAGUGAGUGUGGCUCUGGUAGAAUGCUUUGAGACACUGGAAAAGAGUGCUGGGCCUCAUUACCGUCUAGUGAUGGUCUGCCCUGUAAACCAGGAUAGAUAUGUCCCUUCCUUCUUCAGUAACUAUAAGGUGCAAACAGGUCUGUGUGUAUCUAAGGAAAGAAGCAAAGAGUACCUCAAAAAUCACUUCCAUAUUCCAUCUGAACUUGACAGUCACGUCUAUCCAAGGGAGCUCUCUGUUUGGAUGAUUUCAUCUGAACGUCCAGCUGUUGGAAAGUCAUUGUAUGUAAAGCGUCUAUUUGAGAAGUUCCAAACGGAGUUUCCAAAAGCAACCUGUCUAACAAUCAGACUCAUUGAGCCCUGCGUUAACAUCGAUGGAUUUGUCCAAACUCUGUCCCAGAGACUGACUCCACUGAGAGAACAGGACCCUGUGCUGUUGCACAUUGAUACUGCAGCAGUACGUUGUGGCUUGGAUGAGUUUCUGUUCAAAUUACUUGUUCUUGGAUGUCUUAGUGACAGCAAGGGAAAUAUGUGGAGGAGAAACGCAGCUCAUUUGGUUGUAAUUGAAGCACUGCAACGAGGUCUUAGUCACAACAGUCAUACCCAAAUGGAGAGAAACCAUGGGUUUUUGCAUAUACUUCCUACUAUCUUCUGCAGACCCCCUAAAGAAGUAAAACAUUUGGAGAUCAGGAGAAAAACAGAGAGAUAUGCAUCCUUAGAUCCCCUGAUGGACAUGGGAGAGUUUAAGAGUGAAGGCGUUCAAAGACCUUACCAAUAUUUGAAGAGAUUCAACAAGAAUGAGAACUUAGACCGUUUCAAUUAUCAGGCUCGUUCUGUGGAAGGUGAUCCAGUUGACUGUCUCCAUCAUCUUUUGUCAAACUGUGGCUUAAGUGAUCCGUCAUGGGCAGAAUUAAAACACUUCACUUGGUUUCUUAACCUUCAGCUUAAAGACUGUGAGGAUUCCAUGUUUUGUGAUGCAGACUUCCUUGCUGACCAUUUGAGUGGUUUUAAAGACUUCUUAGUUAAAUUCAUGAUUUACAUGGCUCGAGACUUUGCCUCUCCUUCUGUUGACAUCUCAGACCAAAGCCCCUCUUUAUUCUCUCAAAAUGACGAUCCGGAAGAUAUCUUAUCUAAACUAACUAUUCGGAAGCGAUGGGAAAAUGAAUCUCACCCUUACAUCUUUUUUAAUGCAGAUCAUUUCACCAUGUCUUUCUUAGGAUUUCAUGUGAAGACAAAUGGGAGGAUUCUGAAUGCAGUUGAUCCACGAAGUUACAAAGUCUUAAUGGGAAAUGUGAUGUCGCAAGAGCUUUUCUCUGGCCUUGAACGACAAAGAAUUAACCUUUCUGAGGACUUUGACAACCUGCCUAGAGAAGACAAAAUACAAAGAAUUUCAUAUGUUGUUGGUGCUAAAAAAGGAUGGACAAAAGGAGAGUUUGAUCCAGACCCUACAUAUGAGCUCACUGCUGACAAUGUCAUGAAGAUGUUGGCUAUUCAUAUGAGAUUCAGAUGUGAGAUUCCAGUGAUCAUUAUGGGAGAAACUGGCUGUGGGAAGACGCGUCUUGUGCGCUUCCUCUGUGAUCUGCAACGCGAAGGCAGUGAUGUUAAAAACAUGAUACUAGUCAAAGUCCAUGGAGGUACUACUUCUGAGAUCAUCUAUAAGAAGGUGAGGGAAGCAGAAGAAAUUGCUCAGAACAAUCGCCAAAAAUAUCAACUUGAUACAGUCUUAUUCUUUGAUGAAGCCAACACCACUGAAGCAAUCUUUGCCAUCAAGGAAGUACUGUGUGACAAAACUGUACAGGGAUGCCCUUUGAAGAAAAAUUCUGGUCUGAAAAUGAUUGCCGCAUGUAAUCCCUACAGAAGACACACUACUGAAAUGAUUAAUCGCUUAGAGCGAGCUGGGCUGGGAUACAGAGUGAAAGCUGAAGAAACCGAGGAUCGCCUUGGUAAAGUUCCCAUGAGACAGCUGGUUUACCGUGUGCAUCCUUUACCCCCAAGCAUUGUACCGCUGGUAUGGGAUUUUGGACAGUUGAGUGAUUCAACUGAAUACUCUUACAUUCAUCAGAUUGUUAAAAAACAAAUAAAGGUUCAUUGUUUGCCCCUGGCAUGCCAAAAUGUGAUCACAGAAGUUCUGUCUACGUCUCAAAAAUACAUGCGCAGCCAAGCAGAUGAAUGCAGCUUUGUAAGUCUUAGGGAUGUGGAGAGAUCAAUGUGUGUCCUGGUUUGGUUUUACAACCACAGACAAAAUCUUUUUCCAAAUGACCACUUUAUCACAAAGGAACAGCUGACCUUGAAAUGCUUGGUGCUCGCCAUUGGUGUAUGCUAUUAUCCAUCUCUUGAACACAAAGGUCCGUACCUCUCCGCGGUCAGGCAGUGCUUUCCUCAUCCGUUCAACUCUGAAGAGUCAAUAGAGCAAGAGAUUUCUUUAUGCCAAGACUUUUUUCUUCAGAACAUUGAAACAAGAGAAACGAUUGCUAAAAAUCUGGCUUUGAAAGAGAAUGUUUUCCUUAUGGUGGUCUGCAUUGAGUUGAGAAUUCCACUUUUUCUGGUUGGCAAGCCAGGAAGUUCAAAAUCUCUAGCUAAGACCGUUGUAGCAGAUGCCAUGCAGCGUCAGGCCUCUCACAAUGACUUUUUUAAGCAACUUAAAGAAGUUCACAUGGUGUCUUUUCAAUGCAGCCCUCACUCCAGCCCUGAAGGGAUAAUUGGAACCUUUCGGAACUGUGCACGUUUUCAAAAGGAUAAGAAUUUGGAUGAGUAUGUGUCAGUUGUAGUACUGGAUGAAAUAGGACUUGCUGAGGACUCUCCUCAGAUGCCAUUAAAGACAUUGCAUCCUCUUCUAGAGGAUGGAUGCAUAGAUAGUGAGAGGCCCCAACCACACAUGAAGGUUGGAUUUGUUGGAAUCUCAAACUGGGCUCUCGACCCAGCAAAAAUGAAUAGGGGCAUUUUUGUGUCCCGCUGGGAUCCAAGUGAGAAAGACUUGGUAGAGACAGCCGAAGGAAUCUGCUCAUCAUCCAGAACUGUCCUUCUUAAAAUCAAGCAGCUCCUGCCAAAAUUGGCAAAGGGCUUCCUAAGCAUUUGUAAAAAUGACAGUGAACAGUUCUUUGGACUUAGAGAUUAUUAUAGUUUGGUAAAAAUGAUUUUUGCCACAGCCAAAAAAACAGACAAAAAUCCAUGUGACAGUGAGUUGGCAAAGGCUGUUAUGAGAAAUUUCAGUGGACAAAGAGAUGGUUUUGAUCCACUUCAUUACUUCCAAGUUAUCUUUCAGAAUAGACUAGAAGUCCAGAGACCAAGUACUUUACAAAUGAUUGAACAAAAUCUGGUUGAAGAAGAUUGUCGAUACCUGCUUUUGCUCACAACCAACAGUGCUGCCUUGUACAUAGUCCAACACCAUAUUUUCUCAAAUGAGAAAUACACAAGUCCUGAAAUUGUGUUUGGUUCAGGAUUUCCAAAAGACCAGGAGUAUGCCCAGAUAUGUCGUAAUGUGAGUCGAAUAAAGGCAUGCAUGGAGACAGGUCGAACUGUCAUUCUGUUGAAUCUCUUAAAUCUUUAUGAGAGCCUGUAUGAUGCCUUAAAUCAAUACUAUGUCUACUUCAGUGGACAGCAGUAUGUCGACUUGGGACUCGGUUCACAUAGAGUGAAGUGUCGAGUGCACAAAAACUUUAGACUGAUUGUGGUGGAGGACCAGGAAAAAGUCUACAAAAAGUUUCCUGUCCCUCUAAAGAACAGACUUGAAAAGCACAAAGUUGAUAGGAGUACAGAUCUGAAGCCUUGGCAACACAAAGUUUUGGAAAAACUAAAAAAUUGGGCUGAAGAGUUCUCAAGAGUGCAGCAGUCCACUGGAGAAAAGUUUAGCUCAUCAGAUGCUUUUGUUGGUUUCCAUGGCGAUGCUUGUGCCAGUGCACUACUCCAGGCUUUAGAAAAAAUACAGAAGCAGGGCAAUAAUAAAGCUCAGGACAUGCACAUAAAGAGUGAGAAAAAUGAGGUACAGCAAUUAAAUGAUGAAGAUAUGACUGACACACAGUCACAUGGAGAAAUGAAGGAUGUCCCCGACGAGGAACAAAAUGACUCUAUGGAAGUUGACAGCAAGGAAGUGGAUGCUAAAGUUCAUGAAAACAUUGAGACUCUUGGAGAUGCUUUUAAUCUUGUGAAAAUGGAUGAUGAUUCCAAAGACCUUGAUACAAGAGACAGUAUGGAGUCAAAUAAAACUGUGGACGAGGAAGAGGAAGCUUAUGAAACUGCCAAACGCUUUCUCUUAAACUGUGCCACACCUGACUCUGUCCUCAGGCUGAAGUAUUUGGAAGAGUUCGGACAUCAUGAGAAAGACGAACUUCAGAGAAUAUAUUUUCAUGAACAAAGCCAUAAAUCUCUCAGGGACCUGAUAGACAGCCAUUUGAACAAGACCGAUCAAGACAAGAGCCGGUUCUUAGAGGUAACCACAUUCUCCAGCCUUCUCACUAGAGCUGAUGUGAAAACUCUUGCACCAGCCUUGGGUUUAUCUAUUGAGAGGGUUCCUUUGCUCUAUUUACACCAAUUUGAUACAGAAGCCUCGUUUUGCAGCAAACUACGGUCCUUCUUAGAAAAUUCUGGGCUUUCACUACACAUUCUCUUGGUUCAGGUGGACAUGGAAGAGUCCUUGUGCAAAAAUGAACUUAUUGCUUCAGCAAAGUACUGUGCCAUGAAUGAAAUCUUGUCCUUUAAAUCAGAUGAGAGCAACUUUUAUACUGUCUUCAUAACAAAGCUCUCCAGAAUUGGUGAGCAAUGUACAACAAGUGGCCACAAAUACAUUGGCUUUCAAGGAGGAGUUUGGCUAUCUGCGCAUAUCGAUGACCUCCGAGAUUCUGAAGACAUGAGCUUAGAUCUUAAAGCUUUUUGUGGAAUAACCAUAAGUGAACUGAUCUCCAGGACAAUGAAGUCAGAUGUCAAAGAUUCAGAAGAAAUGGAUACAAAUGGACCUGCAAGCCAUAAGGAAAGUUCAGUGCAUCUGAACAGUUUGUCUCUAAUACGAUCCUGCACCCAGAAAGCUGUUUCUUUGCUAAGAGAUUCAGGCCAAAAAUCCUCCAGGAGUAUAGAUCGCAUGAACAUAUUGCUUGUCCUUCUGGGUGAAGACACUGUGCGGACAGGAGUAUUGUUCCAGGAAGUCCUCUUAGGAAGGCUGGUGACUGCCCUGAUGAAGAAAGAGGAGUUGACUCCUAAUGCAAAAGACUGGGCUUAUAAAGCAGCAAAGAACCGUGAAGCUCUACAGGAAGGUGGAACACUCCGGCACACUUUGUGGCGUUAUCUAGAGGGCGUUUUGAGCCCAAUCUUUGCCCGUGUUUUGGAAGUGUUGGACAGAGACUGCAACUUGAACCUACUGCAUAGGGUCAGUGAUGGUCUGGUCCAGUUCUGGCUGGAUAUCUUUCAAGAUCAACAACUUCUUGGCCUAACGUUCUCACAGAAUGAAAGUGCUGCAGAUCAAGAGAUUAAUGUUCAGUGUCACCUGUUUGUUGGAGAUAAGGAGUGGCCCUGUGCUGCUCCCUUCAGCUGGCUGAUAAAAUCAUACUGCCAGAGUUUAUGGGAGGAAUCAGAGUUUGUGCGAGGCACCGAGCAAGACAACAAAGUGAGGAUUCAGCAGUUUGUAAGUGCUGUUUCAGGCAGUGGACUGGGCAGCUAUAUCGAAAAACUUUUAGAGAGAGACAGAGACGAAUUGGGACAGCGCUACCUGACUGACUAUGUACUUCUGUCAUUCAAAAUCCAUUCUGAAGACGAGUUGAGGGUCUACAAAACGGCAAUGAUGGGCUGUGUGUUUGCGCUGCAGGAGAAGAUGUCGGUAACCCAUGAUCUCUCUCCAUCAUGGGUCCUUGCAGCCGCACAAAUAUACGCACCACGCCUGGACACAUUAUCACAAGCACUUCAGCUCAACCCUCAACUGGUCAAAAACAUUCAGGAGAAGAAAACACGCCCUGAGAUGUUUGAAGAUAUUCUCGCUGUUGGUAUAUGUGUUGAGGAAACAAAACUUCUGCCUGUAACAUCAGUAUCUGCAUGCCGGACCUUCUUGCGAAGAGUUGAGCAGCUUCAGCCCUGUUUAGAGAGAGUGCUCAGUCCAAGUUACAGCGCCCUCUGCAGCCCUGGCUGUCUCAAACAGCUGAACGCUAUAAAGUCAGUGUGGCAGGGGAUGCUUUUAGUGGCUGCCUUCAUUGAACAAGUGGUUGUUAAGAUGAAAAUGAAAGAUGAAAGGAUAGAGGCACUGACUCUAAAACACUGCAGUCAGUUACAUGGGCUGAUGGAGGGGUCUCCUAAUUUGAAAAGCAAAGACAACCUUAAGCAAAUCAUUCACAUACUCAAUGAGUACCACAAUGAGUCAAUCAGCAGAGAACUGCGGUUUGGUGUAAAGUGUUCAGUAUGUUUGGCAGAUCUAUCAAGGCCUGUUGCUCUUCCCUGUGAACAUGUGUUUUGUUUGGCCUGUGUGGAGAAAUCCACAGAAGCAGCGCAAAAGUGUCCCAUUUGCAGGAGUCUUCUGCCGAACAACUACCGACCCACUGUCUCUACAAACAUAGAUCGUGCCCUGAGUCAGCAUAAAGAGAUAAGAAAAUGUUGUAACGGCUUUUUCCUGGAGAUCGUCUCUCGCUUUUGUCUGACUGAUGAACACGAACCCCCAGAAGACCUGGUGGAGCUGCUUUUCUCUCUCCUUAUCUCAGCACAAGGAGAUGAUUAUAAGACCAGAGAGCUCACCCCAUUCCUGGAGUGUGUUGACCAGAGUCCUGUGGUACGCUCUGUGCUGCCCAAACUUCUUCUGCAAUACAGCUUCAAACAGGUGAAGAUGCAUAUUCAAAGCUACUUGGACAACCUGGAAAACAAGCUUCUGGAUCAAGAGGACAAAACUGAACUCUAUCGGCUAUUUGUUAACUGUUUUCAAGAUUCCCUGCUAUGUUCUGGAGCUGUUGAGGUGGAGAAUCAAAAACAUCUACGGGAGAACGCAAAUUUUCUCAGUCGUUUGGCUCGUAAACAGACGCCUUCCAGACAGCAUGAGCCGGCUGAUUUUCUGUUGUCUAUGGCUCGCCUCAGAAUAUGUCUGGAGAUGGCAGCCCAUGUCUUUCCCAAAGCUCUCGGCCAAACAAAAGGUAAUUGUGAAGAUGUGGAGCUGAAGCUGUUGGAGCAGGUGAAGGCUGUGUGUGACUACUGUAAUAAUGACUGGUUCAGAGUUUAUCUGCUUCGAGCGCUUAACAGACAGGCUGGCAUGGACUGUCUACAAGCACUGAUCAACAGCACUGAAUAUGAAUGGAUCUUCCCUGAAAAGAUUCUAAGACUUCAUAAGUCAACUCCAACUGAGGUGGAUCGGUUUCUGUGCUGCGGUUCGUCAUACUUGACCAUCAGAGAUGGAGUGGGGCAAGCGCUGCUUGACGGCAAAAUAGAUGGACUCAAAGACACAAUGCAGGCGAUGAACGUUUCAGGCCCUUUGAAAAACAUCUUGCUGACCCUUGCUGUGUUUAGGCAGGUGACCUGUCGCCUUGUGUCAUCUGAAAGAGCAAUACAUCCUCAAGCACAGGAGCUACAUUUCUUGAAGGCUUUUAUUAGAGAUAAUGUCCCAGGACAUGUCGGCGAGCUCUGUGCCGCCCUCUUAUCCAAUCGGAUUGGAGGGCCAGGAUCUCACCUGAGUCUCCAUGCAGAUGUACCUGCUCAACGUCGCCCUCUACUGGAGCUCCUGGUGCACUCGAGUGCUGUGUUUCACAGUGGGAACAGUCUGCUUAGGCCACUUUACAGCAUUUCCUCUCAACCUCAGAACGUGACAGAAGCCUUCCUGCCCACUAUGCAAGACGACAAAACCAUUGAAGUCCUACAGUCUUUUAAAGGGGAAAAGGUUACAAUGUACCGAUGUGUUAACGGCCACACGUGCUUUGUGGGAAUGUGUGGAAGGCCAAUGGAAUCAUCAAAAUGUGACACAUGUGGAGUGCCUAUAGGAGGCCUUCAACAUAUACCAGUAGCAGGUUUUACUCAAGUCCAUGGAAAUCAGACACGAGAUCAGACACGACCAGGGCAUAUAUUGGGAAAUGCUAAAAACCGGUCUGAAGCCCCAAACAGGGAUCUGUCUCUAGCACAGUCUGGUGUUCUCCGUCUGUGUCUUCAUCUGGCCAUGUUGCAAGGGGCCAUUCACCAUCAACAGGGUAUCAGAAAUAUGAUUCAACCAGCUGUUCACAAUGUCUUUGAGUUCCUCUGGCAACAUCUUGAGAAGGACAUGGAGAUACUUGGGAAGACUUUAAAUCUUAACAUGGACGACACUGCCAUCAUAGUUCAUCUGAUUCUCAACAGGUUUCUAGAGACCACCACAGGUAGAGGCCUGGAUUUGUCUUCACGCAAGUCUAGAGAACAGUGGGAGAGAACAGUCUGUAAUUCAGUCAUCAGUCCUGUGUUAAAUGAUCUAAAUAGGACAUUGGGCAACGCACAGGAUCUGAUUGCAUCUGAUACAAACCUUUCUAACAGUCCGUUGAUGAAGGUUCUCAGAGGAGACCCUCAAAAAAUCCUUCAACUUCCGAAUGACUGCCCCACCCACACCUCUGCCUUCUGGAGCCUUUCACCUGACUUAACAUUAGAGAGCUUUUCCCAGGAAAUAGACCAAAAACAAACACCCCUGCUUACACUUUUCAUCACAAAGGUGCCUUGUAUGAGACAGCUGAUUCAUCUGCCGACUCUUGCUGCCCUGUUGUCUGAUCUAAUGAAACUGCUCCCUCCAGGCUCUGAAACCCAGACCUAUACCAUCGCUUCACUACUACACAGUAUUUCUGCUGGCCAUCACAAGAAAAUAUUGUCAGAUAGAAUAGAGAUCUUCAUGAUGGUGUGGAACCAUCUCAGAAUGGAAAUAACCAAAAAUGAGAGCUUGGAUCGUGCACUGUAUGAAACAGACAUGACUAAAGAAAGUUCUGGGCAGUUUCUCUCCCUGAGUCGUCAAGGACCAGGCUCAUGUCUCUAUGCACUCAUUGACUUCCUGUCUGAAACACACAACAGUCUGGUGCGAGAAGCAAGGAAACUUUGUUACCAAAAAGAAAGUGACUAUAAAGUGCCAUUGGCGGCACUGUCUGAGAGUCAGCUAGCCUUAUGUCACCCAGAGAGACAGUUUCUCCCCCUGGUGUUAUCCAACUGCCAUUACACUUUAGAGAAGGGCCAACAAACAGUGAGUUCCUACGAUCAUCAGGCUAUUGAGCGAGAACUCUGCAGACGAUUUUUUGCAGGCAAACCACGCAUUCAAACCGACACUGAGAAGUAUCUGAGAAGACACCAUCAGGAUUUCUCAGAGGUCCUUACUGAAGUUAGAGGCAAAAUACCUCAGGAGCCACUAAAGAGCUCUGUGCUCAGCUCUAUGAGAUCAAUGUUGCGGUCAUUCACGGAUGUCUGCGAUGCGGUUUAUGCUGUGGAGAUCGGGCUUCGCUUCCUCGGCAAAACUGGGGGAGAUGCGCAGGACCUGCUGCUUAACUAUUUAAAAGAUUCAUUGAAAAUGCACAAACACAUCUCCAGCAGCAUAGCUCAGGCUUUGAAGGAGAACCGGCUUAGUCAGUGUACUGCCACCUGGCAGCUUCUUACCUGCUGGAGGAGUGAACAGAUGAUGAGAAGAGGACAGGAUCCAUUUCAGCGACUGCCCAAAGAGUACCGUGAUGAGCUGACUUCAGAUGACAGAAAGCAGUUGAAGGUUUUCCUUGGGGUCACAGACAUUGAUAUUUUCCUACUGGAACUACAUGAGAUCCUUCAGCUCAAGGCCAAAAAUGGUGAUGACUUCGGUCCACAAUGGGACAUCAGGUCCACUUUGGAAUACCAUUUGGAAAACAAGAACAUCAACUCUAUUCCUGGUCUAGACAUUCUUCCAGAGGAUAUUACUCUAGCCAAAGCGGCAGAAAUCUGGAAACUUGCAGUGGAGUUCAAACGCUGAAUAAGCCAGAUCUGUCUGUAACUUCAUGCUCAAUUGGUAGAGCAUUGCAAUGACAGCUUAAAGGUUGUUGGUUCGAUUUUAAGGGGACAUGCAUACUGAUGCAUAUGUAGCCUACUUUUAAUGCACUGUGAUUUGCUUUUGAAUAAAAGCAUCUGUCAAAUGUAAAAAUGUGAUUUAUUAAGGUGAGCAAAUCUGUACCCAUUAAUCAGAUGUUAUUUGUUAUAUAUGAUGCUUUAUUCAUUAAUUUUUGUUGUAGAUGUAAGAUGUAAAUCAGUCCAACACCUUUUCUUCGGUUGAUUUGUCUUAAGAAUUUUUUUUCCCUUUGUAAUAGAUGUAAUAAAUAUAUAAUAGUUGUAUAUUUGUAUCUUUGUAUUGUAGAUAUAUAAUACAAUUGAUAAAAAUAUGUUUACUCUUUGUGACUUUGAAUAUGCCGUUUAAGCACUUUAUUGUUUUUAAUGUUUAUCUGCAUAAAUCUUUUAUUUAGGGACCAAUUAUUAAAUGGACAGGCAUUGACAUCUGGACACUAUAUUGUUUUUGUGUUAUGUUACGUUAAAUAAAUCUUUACAGUAGCUUAACGGUCUCAGACUAACUUUUGAGAAUGCAAAAAUUAUCUAACAUCACUGUACCAUAAAAUAAUAAUAAAAUGAAAGUUUUAAGCUUAA